AUGGAAAAAUAAUAAAUCAGCAUAUAGUUUACUUACAUUCCUACUGAAGAAGAGAAAUCAAAGGAUUUAGAAAAGUAAUUAGAUUUAACUACUAAAUAAUUGUUACAUCCUAAGCUUAAAUGGACUGCUAUAUUCUUAGCAUUACUUUCAGCUAUUCUGUAUUCUAUUGGGUUUGUAUAAUUAAACAUAUUUUAAGAGCAUUCAUCCAAAUUCAUUUUGAAGAAGACUCAACUGCCCUUUAUUUGAUUGCCUCUCUUUGUCUAUUGCCUCUCAUCUAUUGCUUAUUCAAAGUAUGUAAAAAAAAAGAAGAUUUAUGA